GAAUAAACCUUUUGGAGACAUUUCUGUUCCAUUUACAGAAACAACAAUGAUGGUGCCACAGCUUCAAAGACAUGAAUCAGAGCUAUCCGUUAUUUUGGAUAUACCGUCAAACCCUAUUGUUGGGCAAAUUUUUACACUUACGUUUAAGAUCAUUAAUUGGACAACUGCGCCGGUUCGAGUUCACGUAACAGUUGAAGUCAACGAUGCUUUCGUAUUUUCGGGAUACAAACAAACAUAUUUUAUUGUAUCACCGUUAUCCCCAUAUUAUUUCAAAGCUAAUUGCUUUCCCUUAGCACCUGGAAAAGUUAAAUUACCAAGAGUAAAAAUGUUAAAAUCUGGAGAUAAUGACGCGGCAGAGCAAGAAAUUUCUAUUACUGCACCUGGAUUUAAGGAACCUGUCGAAGAUGAAUGGUAUAUGGUGUUUAUUAAACCUAAAAAAGAAAUAAAUAAGUAA